GGAUAGUAGACAUUAAUUCGUUUUGUUUAUGAAAUGGCUUGUAUUGUGAGUGACGCAUACAGUUGGAAGGACACUAACCUUGCACUUUUCGGAUCCGAUGUAGAAAGAGCUGUAAAAAAGGAAUCUGCUGAGAAAGAGCCAGCAUGGGGACCGGUACGAAAGAUUGCCUCCUCUACUCUAAUGGUCUGGCGAAUAAAAAAUUUCCAGUUAGAAGUUGUUCGAAGUGAAGACAUUGGCAAAUUUUUCCGUGGUGAUUCCUAUAUUGUUUUAAAUAUCGAAAAAGUUGGUGAUGAACUGUUGUAUGAUGUUCAUUUUUGGAUUGGACGUGAAAGCACAGCGGAUGAAUACGGAACAGCAGCUUAUAAAACGGUUGAAUUGGAUACUUUUCUUGACGAUAAAGCAGUUCAACAUCGAGAAGUCGAUGGAUUUGAGUCUGAUUUGUUUAAAACUUAUUUUAAUCGCUUUGAAACUCUUGCAGGUGGAUAUGCAAGCGGAUUUAAUCAUGUAAAACCGAACGAAUAUAGACCUCGUCUUUUACUGUUUCAUUCAGUUGAUCGUAAAAAUAUGGAAUUAAUUGAAGUGCCAUUUUCAAGACGUUCUUUGGAUUCAACAGAUGUCUUUAUUUUGGAUAUGGGUACUGAAGCAUAUCAGUGGAAUGGACGUGGGUGCACUAAAGAAGAAAAAUUCAAGGCAAGUCAGUUUUUACAACAACUGGAGUCUGAUCGAAAUGGAAGGUGUAAAACUGAGGUGACAGAUGAAGAUGGUUCUGAGGAACAUAAAAAGUUCAUUAGUUUAUUGCCAGAUGUUGCAAUAGAAAAAAAAGUUGAACAAAAAAUAGGCAAGAAAGUAAUUUACAGAGUUUCAGAUGAAAGUGGUAAAAUGGAGAUUUCACUUGUAUGUGAAAAUGCAUUACCGAAAGCGUCCCUAACAGAAAACGAUGUAUAUCUCAUUGACAGUGGACAAUCUCUAUUUGUUUAUAUUGGAGUGAAAUGUAGUAGACGAGAAAAAUUGGAUGCAUUAUCUCAUGCACAUGUAAUUCAUUUGAAAUUUACAGUUAAAGAUUUGUUUUUUAGUUUGAUAUUUUUGUAAUAAAAUUGUACUUCAUUUGUAAUUCAUUUAAUUACGGAUAAUGAGUUCCGUACAACCUUAGUUCUCUGAGCAGGUUGAUUUAAUUAUGAAGCUUUCAUUAUCACUCUGGACAUCAUUAUUAGCACAAACUUUCAAAUAAGAGUGAUUUAUUUUAAUUUCUCCGUUUUAUGACUAACAGCUUUUUCUGUCGACUUUGAUAUUGGUUAGUUGCUUCUAACCCUUGUUUUGUCAUUGCUUGCAUAUUUAUUUUGAUUAUCUUCACGCUAUUGGUCUGAUUCUUAACGUUAUGGUUUUACAAAAUCUUUCCAAAUGUUCGGUAAGUUGAAUAGAUUUCGAUAUGUUUGUUGAUUGCUGAUUGAGCUCAGUGUUAAGCUUCUUCAAAUUUUCUGGUCUUCUAAGUAGUCUCUCUGUCCAAGAUCUCAUCAUUUUUGCAGUCGAACGCAUAUCUACAAUUGUCCACAUUCGCUGAUAUAAGCGAAGAUAGCUAGUUGAUGUCCUUGCAGAAUUCGAAGAGGGUGGCCAACUUGCCAGCCAUAAUGUUUCUCACAGUCGUAACGAUUUAUUUCGUAAAUGAUGUUUAACUUUUAUUCUUUUGUCAUCUCAUUCUUGUAUUUACAUAAGAUUCAGAGGAGUGAUUUAGCUGGUUUGUAGGUUACCCCUAUUCCAAGCUGCUUUAAUAGUCUUGCGAUCUCCGAUAUGUCCUUCAUAUGUGAUAAGAAAAUCCGUUUGUUGGUUUCCAUGUUUAUUUGUCUGACUCCAGUAUGAUCGAAUCGUUUAUUAUCUCACAUAGCUUCGUAUAUGUUCUAUCGAGUUAACGCGUUUCGAACAAUCUGCUAAGAAUGUAUAAGUGUUUGGUUGAUUUUCUUUAGUCUUCAACUUAAUAUUUUAUUGAAAUUACCUCAGUUACGAACCAAAACUUAAAAGAACAAAACAUUUUUUUCUGAUACAGACUUUUGUAUCAUAUUGGAACUAAUUCAUAAUUCGUGUUAUUAUGGGUUGUAUUACACACAUACACACGUAGACACGGAUGUACUUACUUGGUACAAAUAUUGUUAGUACAUGUGCUGUGUGUUACUCCAUAACAUUUAUCAAAAGGUUGAAUAAUGUUAAUUCAACAGAACCUAUUUUGUACCAUUUGAAUAUGUAAAGAUAUAUCUACAUCGACUUACAUUAUAUAUGCAUGCGUGUGUGUUUGUUUGAUUAUUCAUUAUAUACUUAUGAAAAUGAUACAAUCAUAUUUAUAAGUACAAUAAACAAAUGAAUUUGUAAUUAACUAAUCACAUUAGAUUGUUAGUGUUUGAGUGUGAAUUUAUUUUGUCACUUUAGAUAUCUUUGAACAAAAUAACUGAUAGGAAAAGCAUUUCGUGUGAUCUGUGUAAGCUGCUAGUAUUCAAAUUGACUGAUAUCAUCCGGGAAACUGUCUGUUAGUUGUACACAUUCACGGCGACCAUAUGACAUGAAAUCCGAUUUGUUGUCUCAGUAAAACACUUUGAAACCGAUUAUGAAUUCUCAUUUUCAAUCAAAUUUUAAUACACAGCACUAUCGUCAUCGAACGCCAUCGAUAUGUUGCUGUUUAGGUCUGAAAUUGAAUACUUUACUGAGGUAUGGUUUCUCACUAGAACUUCCGGUAUUCAUUUCUAAGCUAGUUUCUGUUGGCCACAUAGCUAUUCUUUACAUAUAUUCCCCGAAUUACGUCAGCUAGAUACUUUUGAGGAGUUGAACUUAACAUCUCAAGAGUGAAAAUCUUCACAUUUUGAUUACUUACAAAAAACUGAUCAUCCAUUCGCUCCAAUCACUGUUGUAUCGAAUAAUCGUAAAUCGAAAGAAUUGGAUAAACUGCUCGAAUAGUGUUGAAUAGCAGUUAAAAAAAAGGUGAAUGAUCAUGUCAACUUUAAAAAAAUGGAAUGAAAUUUCAAGUUAUAUUAAUUCUGUCUGUAUUCAUAAUAUCAUUACAAUAUAUUCUGAAGUUAUAUUUACACUUAUAAAGUGUAUUAUUAUAUGCAUGAAUACUAUUUAUUUGUACCUUAAUUAUCUUAUCUCGUUAUUUAUUCAACCAAUGUUGGUUUGAAUAUUAUGUGUUAUGUGCUUUCAAAUAAAUAAUUGUUUUUCUUCCUAA